AUGAAGGCUGCAUCUGUUUCUCUGCUCCUUGGUGUGUGUGUGCUGCUGCUGUCUGCACUGACUGUUUCUGCAGUCUCUCUGUCUGUCAGUCCAAACCAUCAGCAGUUCUUCAGAGGAUCUUCUUCAGCGUCUCUGAGCUGUGUUGAUGAUGGACAGACAGUUGAUGGAUGGACAGUGAAGAGGACCAGAGGAGGACUCACUGAGGACUGUGGAGCAGGUUUCGGGUCAGUUCAUGAAUCCUCCUGUGUUCUGUAUCUCUCCGUCUCCACUGAUGGAAGUUACUUCUGUGAAAAGUCUUCUGGACAGCACAGCGAUGAAGUCUCCAUCAGUGUUUCAGAUGGUUCUCUGAUCCUGGAGAUCCCUGCACUUCCUGUGAGGACAGGAAGUGAUGUCACCCUGCAUUGCAGACAAAAGGAUGGUGACACAGUCACAGCUUAUUUCAUUUUUAAUGGAAAUGUUCUUGGAUCUGGACAUAAAUCAGAGCACACCAUCACUAACAUCCAGCAGUCUGAUGAAGGUCUCUACUCAUGUUCCACUGAUACAUUGGGAUCAUCUCCUCAGAGCUUUCUGAGGGUCAGAGUUGUAGCAGGUCUGGUUUCUGUGGUUCUUCUGGUUCUGGUUGGAGUUCUGUUCUUCUACAGGAAACUAAAAGUUUCCCAGCAUGCCUCAGUGGUGGAGGUGUAUGAAGGGGAGGAGUCUGUCCUGCUGCUCUGUCAGGUUCCAGUGUUCUCUGAUUCAGCAGUGGUGUGGGACCACAGUGACUCGAAGCCCUCAACAGUCCAUGUGCGUCUGCAGAGCGGCGAUGAUCUUAGAAACCAAAGCCAGCGUUACACCAACCGAACAUCAAUGAGAGCUGACGCUCUGCAGACUGGAGACCUCAGCCUCACUCUGAGGAACCCUACAGGUUCUGACAGUGGAACCUACACCUGCACUGUCCACAGCCAUGGACAGGAUAUGAGCCGCAAAGAUAUUCAGCUGAAGGUCAAAGUGGUCUUCUGUCCGUACUGCAUCUCUACUGGUCUGCUGCUGUCCAUCUGCUGCAGCAGGAAGACACCAAACAGAUCAGCCAUCUCCAUGGAGACGACCCAUCAAGGUGGAGGAGGUCAGGAAUUGGAUGAUGAGUAUGAUGACAUCACUGCAGAUGUCACCACUGAGCAUGACUUCUGA